AAACCAGGGGGAGUAUUAUAUGCACGCCAAUCUUUUUCCUUCGAUCAUGUUUUUAUCCCACUAGGUUGUUUUUACAAGGUUUUUAACGAGGCAAUAUACCAAUACAUAUAAUAUAAUAUUGUUUUAUUCUUUUUUUUUUUUUUUUUUCUCUAGCUAUGGUUUUUAUCUCGUAGGAUUUUAUCUAGCAAGGUUUUUAAUGAGACAACUCAUAGAAUUUUACCUAACAAGGUUUUUAAUGAGGCCACCCAUAACCCAUUUCAUCUUAACAGUUAAGGGGUAUUGAAGAGCAUGCCACUAUAAUUUCACCCCAUGUUCUUUCACUUUCUCAUUACGGAUUAGAACUUUUUAUCGGUAAAAGAUUUUUAACAAAAAUAAAUUUUUUUUAGAUCAUCGGCUGGCCUAAAAGCUGGUUUAUUUACCGAAUUGCAAUGUAACAAAAAUAUCAGUGUUAAGAUUACAAUUUCCCCUUCGAUCACUAUAAUUUUAAAGUGAAAGAUCAAAGAUGUUGCAGAUACAACCCAGACGACGAUGAACACAUACUCCAUAAUAGCGGCAACAUUGCUGCUGCUUCUCUUAUCACUUCAUACAACUUCAUCCCACAUUGUUCACUCAGAUGAGAUCCAAGAGAUUGACCAUGAUCGAUCUAUCAUUUCUUCUUCUUCUUCCGGUUAUUAUUUCGAUCAUGCUUCUUCUGUUGUUCGUCGAUCGUUAGACCCACGAUCCGUUGAUGAUAUUAAUCGGUGGGGCGAUUCUGCGAGGCCAUUUGAUGGUGGGUUGGCUUAUGAUACUCAGGGAACCAUGGUUGCAUUUGGUUCAGAUGAUGUGCCUGUGGAUGAGGAGUUAAGAAGGAAGUUGAUAAAAGCAAAUGGCAUUGAAGAUGCUCUUUUGUUAAAACUAGGAUCCAACUUUUCGCCCCUGAGGGAUGGUUGGGGAGGCUGGUUUGAUGCAAAGAGUGACUUUUUGAGGAAAGAUAAGAUGUUUAAGUCCAAAUUGGAAGUGUUAAAUACAAUGAGCCAUCCACUUCUUCAGGAUCCAGAUGGGUUUGGAGUUACUGGACUUACAAGAGGAGAUAAGAUUGUGAAAAAAGGGUUGUUUCAGCAGAUGAAGAAAGCUCCCAUACUUAUAAAGAAGUCCUUUGGGUUUUCAGAUGUUAGGUCCGAUGAGGCUAUUGACCAUCAGGCCAAGGAACGUGGUGGUAUGAAUCGUAAAAGUUUGGACAGAGGUAUUGAAGGAGAGAGAUUUGGUUUUGAUAAAAAUCUUGAAGUAAAGAAAAAUGAGUUUAGAACUCUGGGUGAUAAUAAAAUUGGGUUAGGUGAUCAUGCUAUGAAAGGAGUAUAUGACCGAUCCUUGAGAAAAAAUGCAGAAGAUUAUGAUUCUUCAUUGGGUAAAGAUGGUGAAGGAGAAGCCCAAAAGGUUGCAACACUGAACGAGAUUGAGUCUUCAGGCUCCAUGUUUUCUGGUGGAAGAAGAUGGGGAUAUUUCCCCGGACUGCAUCCGAAUCUAUCCUUUUCAAAUUUUAUGAAUUCCUAUUUCAGAAAAUAUAAGUGUUCUAUCAGGGUGUUUAUGGUGUGGAAUUCGCCCCCUUGGAUGUAUACCGUAAGACACCAGAGAGGCCUUGAAAGUGUGCUUUUUCACCAUCCAGAUGCCUGUAUUGUUGUAUUUUCAGAGACAAUUGAACUUGAUUUCUUCAAAGAGUUUCUGAAAGAUGGUUUCAAAAUCGCGGUUACUAUGCCAAACUUGGAAGAACUUCUGAAAGAUACACCUACAAGCAUAUUUGCUUCUGUCUGGCAUGAAUGGAGGACUACACGAUUUUAUUCUACUCAUUAUAGUGAACUCAUUCGACUUGCUGCACUAUACAAGUAUGGGGGCAUAUAUCUGGAUUGUGACAUUGUAGUACUUAAGCCAAUAUAUGGGUUUAGGAAUUCAGUUGGAAUGGAGGAACUGGUUCCUGGGAGUCCUCUGAAUGGUGCUGUCAUGGCUUUUACUAAGCACAGUUUAUUUAUCAGGCAAUGCAUGUUGGAGUUCUUUUCCUCAUAUGAUGACACCUUGUUGAGAUGGAAUGGUGCUGAUUUAUUAACUAGAGUGGCUGGAAAAUUCUCUCUCAAAGCAGAUAAUUUGAAGAAAAAGCAGAUGCUGCAAGUGCAGUUAGCAUCGAACUUCUUUCCUAUUAGUUCACAUGAUAUUCAGAGAUACUUCAUCACUCCAGUGACGGAUGAUGAAAACGCUCAUCAGCAUGCUCUGCUUAGAAAGAUCCUCAAUGAGUCAUAUACUUUUCAUUUCUGGAACAGCUUAACUUCUGCUCUAGUUCCGGAACCAUAUAGUAUGGUAGCAAAGAUAAUGAACAAGUUUUGUAUACGCUGCUUGGAUAUGCUAUGAAAAUUCAUUGCUCCAAGUUUUGAGCUUAAUACAAUUUUGAGCUUUAAACCUCAAA